AUGUCUGCUUCCAUUGUUUUUCACAAUUUUUGUUCCAUGGCUUCUGGUUUUCCGAACUGCCGCCAAAACCGAACCACAGUUCCUACCAGUCAUCCUUUUCGAUCACCCAAUUCCCUCUUGAGUUUAAAGAAGCAAACUUUCCACUCAAUCACACAUUUCAAGAGUUCCAGAACCCAGAAACCUCGUCCUAGUUUUAAAGUUUUCGCAGCACAAUCCAAUUUCCUUAAAGUUCUGCAGAAUGCAUGGAAAGUUGGAAGGGAUGGAAUUGAGGCAGGGACUAAUCUGGUUCCGAAUUCUGUUCCAAGGCCAAUAGCAAGGAUUUCAGUAACAAUUGUGGCUUUGAGUGUUACGCUUUUUGUACUCAAGGCAUUUCUCUCAACUGCUUUCUUUAUAUUGGCCACUAUAGGACUUUCAUACUUUGCAUACCUAGCAUUCAAUAAAGAUCAGGGACCUAGCGGGAACGGAGGAACUACCUCCACAACACCUAUGGAUGAUCCUGUGGAAGAAGCGAAGAAGAUAAUGGAAAAAUACAAGUAA